AUGAUGGAUAAAGGAGGUAAGAUGGAUAAUGCUGCUCCUGCUCCUGCAGCCAACAGUGCUCCGCAGGGCUUCCUUGCCGCUGAGAAAGUGAGAACAUAUUUUCCAGAAACGUGGCUUUGGGACAUUUAUGUCUUGCCACCAGACUCCAAUGGUGAAAUUGUGAUUCAGCUGACUGCUCCAGACACAAUAACAUCCUUCCUUGCCAGCGUCUUCAGUGUCAACCCAAAGUACGGAUUGUCCGUUGGCAAAGAUGAAGCCGAGGUGAUCGUGUUCCGGGAACUGUUUGUGUCUCUGGAGCUGCCGCCCUACAUUAUUCGGUAUGAGGAUUUCUGCUUCACGGCGUCUGUGUUCAGCUAUUUUGACGGAGAAAUACCA